GUGGGAGGUCGACUUUGUAUUUCAUAGUAAUUUCAACUCAGGGACUAGUCUUCGUCUCCAUAUAGUUCAGUUUUAAACUCCACAGUCUCUAUUACCAACAAAGAGAGGAUCUCUUUCUUUUUAUCUCCAAUUUUUCUCCUCUCUACUCGCGCGAACAAUUUUCUAUUCAUUCCGCUUUCGUUUAUUUAUCAUCGUGAUUCGUUUAUCAUUCAACGUGACCUGAGAAUCUCAAAUCCACGUGACAAGACACUCAAGAUCAGAAAAUAAUCAAUCGAAGUCUCUUUUUCCUCCACUGAAUUGUUCAUUCAAGUUUUUCGUCAAAAAUUUGUGGAAAAAUUGAAAAAUUGGAAAAUUUAUUUUGAAAAAGGAUAAUUGAAUGGAAAAUGAAAAAAAGAAGGAAUACAUUCAAGAAUAGAAGAUACAAGAAUGAAAAAUGUUAAUCAGUUUUUUAUGAUUUCAGUUAAGAGACAAAAGUUCCUGUGAUAAAAUUCAGUGAUCGGUGAAUUGGAGAACAAUUAUUUUAUAGGAAAGAUGAUUUCUCACGCACAGGAAUAAUGUGACUUUUGGAGCGGAUGAUUUGAAUCGUUAAUUUACUGGUUGGGACACUUUAAUUACAAGGAGGAAGAAGAAAAGAAGAAGAAGAAGAAAAAGGAUGGAAAAAAAGCGGUUCCAGUUAUUAAAUUUACCUUCAGUGACUCGUGGUUGACUCCGAGAGACAAUCUUUUAUUGCGCGAGUCGUGAGUAAAUUUUUUUGAUCCUGUCAUUGUUUUUUGUUUGACACAUUGCACAAGAGUUGAGCGCAUAUAGAAAGUCGACGUGCAGUGAAAUCCCAUUCUGUCGACGAGAAGAUUCAAUUAAGUAGCGAAACACGAGUACUUGUUUGAUGAUUAGCAUACAACGCUAAUACAAUUCCGAAGAUUACGAAAGUUUACACACGUAUUUUGAUAUUAUCUACGAGCUCCAUAAAGGCGAACAUAAAAUUACAUGAUGGCAACUAUGUAAUCGAAUUAUUAAAUCGAAAAACGAAAAGUAUAACAGAGAACACAUGUAAUUGGCGUAAUAGCUAAAACGCGGGUGGAUUAAAAUAAAAAAAAAUAUCGAAGGCGGAUCAACAAUAAAAAGGAAGAAGAAUUCAAUGAUUAGAAAAGUCAAUUAGGGAAUAAAAUUGAAAAAAAGAUUAUAAAAAUAAAGGAGGAAAACACAAAAUUUAUAGAUUGAGAAAUUUUGUUUUGUUUAAGGAGAAAAAUUUUUAAAAAAGAACGCAAAAGUGCAUAAAUAAAUAAGGAGUGAAUUUAUGAAACUGGAAUAAAUUUUUACACGUGAACCACCAAGGCUAAAAAUAAAGUGCAUAAUAUUUUACAUAAAUAUAAAGUGCAGAGAUUUGAAAAUUGUAAUAGAGGAUAAAGAGGAAAGGAAUUAAAAUUUUUCCAGAGAUGAAGAAUAUGUGCUUAAAAAAUACUAAAAACUUGUAGAAAAAGGACAAAGUGCUUUAUUUUUGAAUCGACAAGUGCUAAAAAAUACUGCAAAUUGCACGAAAACAUGAGUGGUUCACGGUCAAGUGCACUGAGGGCAGGAAACAUCGAUGGACAUCCGCUGAAGGGUUCUCUGGAGUGAUUUACAAAAUACAAUAUACACACGGGACUGAGGAGGAGUUACUUUCAAUUUAUUUUUUUCAAAAAAGAAAAUUAAAUAAAAAGGGAAAAUUCGUUUCUAAAGAUGGAGGAGGUUUAUAUUAUACGAAUAAAAACGAAACCAUUAAUUUCGUCUCUUUAUCCAUCGGAGAGGAAAUAUUCAGCGACGACGGUCGGUGGUUUGGCGAUGAUUCACUUGGGACUCGGCAUCCUUGCCCUUUUACUUGGAUCGCUUGCCGGUCUCAUUCAGGGGCCAAUUUUGGCCCUCGUUUGCCUGGUACCGUUCAUUUCCGGUCUACUAGCUUGGAAAAAAUGGUACAUUGACCGUAACAUUGGUCUCUUCUUCUACGGCAGUCUAAUAUCAUUGAUCGUUGCACUUCUCUGCGUGGCUGCAACAAUAUUUCACAUGGCAAUAAUUCUCGAGGGCAAUGAAACAUCCUCCUGGUCAAUGGAGAGUGUUUUUAAUUUUAAUUCAUCGAAUUCAUCGAAUUCUUCAACUUCUUCAACUCCAAUGAAUUUGAAUAAUAAUUCAAGAGAGGAUUUUAAAUUGUCGAAUGACGAUGAGGAUGAUUUUAAUUUACCGUUUAGAAAAAUUGACACAUUGGAUGAUCUUGUCGCUGAGUCGUCAAUGAUUGAGGAGAAAAAAAUUAUCGAGCACGAUGUGAUUUUGAAUAAAAGUGGAACAACACCGGAAAUGAUGAAAGUUUGGGAAAAUGAUGAUGGAUUGUUGCAUUCGAAAUUAUUAUUGGCGACAAAUGUAUUGGUUGCUUCAUUAUUGGAGGUUGUUUGGUCAUUAGUGAGUGCAAGAAUUGGUUUACGUGGAAUGAUGAAUUGUGUUGAAACGAGUUGCAGUGGAAAUAUUGUGAACAAUGAUGAUGAUGAUAAUAAGAAAAAAAAACUUUGUCGUCGAAAGAAAACACAAGCGCCAAGACCGGACAUACUUAGUCAUUAUCAGAAGAAUUUCGGUAGUUUGCAGAGUUUGAAUUCCUUUCAGAGUUCCAUGAAUUCGGGACCAAGACUUCCAUUGCCGGAAUCCAGUAGGGAAUUUCGGGAAAGGGUCGAGAGAUUCUUGGUUAAUCAGGCUGCUUCACAGAACUGUUGAAAAUUAUACCUCGAAUUUUUUUUUCUCUUUUUAUUUUUCUCUUUGUUGCGAAUAAGAUUCUCAGUGAUCUAUAUAAUUUAAUAAUUAGAGAAGAAUUUUAAUUAUAAGUUUUAUUUUCUUUUUAAUUUAAAUGUAAGUUUGAGUUUUGUUCUCUGCUCACAAAAAUGAUAGAUUUUUAUUUAGAUUAUAUAAUAUACAGUUCUGACUUUUUUUGUCUUUUUCCGUCUACUUUCAAAAAACGCGAUUUUUUUUGACUUUUUUCAAAU